AGAGAUAGAGCGUAUAAACCGAUUGUAGCAAUGUAAUAUGAUUUAAACAUCAGAGCCGUGUCUAACAACAUGAUUUUCUGACAGAGUUGAGCGACGAAACUAUUGAUAUACUGUUGGAUGCUCUUCUUGAUAGUAUGUGCAAUAUCAGGGUUACAGCACACGCAAAUUGUCGUCGAACACCUCAACACUAACGGAGGGCGCAUUACUGUCAACUUCAUUGAAGAUGCUAGAUACAAUGCUCAAUUGUAUGCUCUGCUGGGAGUCAAUCAACCUACAAGUUGCCCCCUAUCUUGGUUACGCGGAACACCCGAUAUUAUAGUUCUAGAUUAUCAACAGUUGCAUUUUUUUUUCAUUGUGAAGGUCAAGGACAAUGUACAUCUUGGAGGAUUCGUUGGCAGGCAUCCAUUGAAAGAAAAAACCAGGUGUAUGGUCAUUGUCUUUGAAGAAGCUUUCGAUAAUGUCUGCUUCUUCAAGCUGAUGCAUAGCACUAGAGCAGAAAACUACUCGUUCCGGUUCAUUUGUAUGUUCUAUUUUGUCUGUAACAAGUAGUUAGUAGAUAAGGCAAAAGGAAUCGUAAUUGUUGCAGGUAAUU